AUGACGGGUAUCAUCAUGACAUCUGUAGCCCAGCCCCUCCUCCUAGCGCCCGUGUGCACUGCUGGUGGAGGCGAAUGCAAGAACAGCGCAUCCUGCAACACCGAUAGCACUCCCUACAGAUGUAUAUGCGUGCACGGCUAUGGUGGAACGCACUGUGGUGUGGCCCCCGCUUGCGAUGCAAAUGGCACCGACUGCAGGAACGGAGGGUCUUGUAACAAAGACAGCGAGUCCUACCACUGUACGUGCGUCGGGGGUUUUGGUGGCGGCUACUGUGAGCUCGCUCCAGCAUGCACUGCCGAUGGAAAUGAAUGCAAAAACGGAGGGUCAUGUGACACAACCGAGACGCCAUUCAACUGUUCGUGCGUCAGGGGUUACCACGGGAAGCAGUGUGAGAUAGCUCCAGUGUGUACUGCCGAUGGGAAUGAAUGCCAACACGGAGGGUCAUGUAACACAACACAUUCUCCCUACAUCUGCACAUGCGUCAACGGUUACCAUGGGAAACAUUGUGAGAUAGCUCCCGUGUGUACUUCCGGCGGAAGUGAAUGUGAGAGCAGCGGAACAUGUAACACAGACGGAGACAUGUACUUCUGCUCAUGCGUGAACGGUUACCAUGGAGCUACUUGUGAACAUGCUCCUGCAUGUACGCCGGGCGGGAAGGAGUGUCAGAACGGAGGUUCCUGUAAAGACUACGUGUGCAACUGCGUCGGCGGUUAUGGGGGCGACACCUGCGUCACAGAACCCGUGUGCACCACUGGAGGGAAGCAAUGUCAGAACGGAGGCACGUGCAUCACGAGCACUGAUCCAUACUGGUGCACGUGCGUGAAGGGUUACACGGGCAAACUGUGUGAGAGUGGCGCUGAGUGUGUGGCAGCCUUGGCGUGGUCAUUGAUGGCGUCUCUUGUUGCCAGCUUCUAUCUCCUAUAAUCAAUAUCUUCAUGUGAGGUGGUUUGUUAAAAUGUGUAAUAUGAUAAAUUAAUGGAUGCAGAAACGUUUUUCAAUUGACCUUCCUUUUUCAAGUUCGUAGUGUGUAACUGUUUAACUUUCUUUGUUGUACUUGUAAUAAAAUAUAUGUGUUAAAACAUGAAGCACACAACAAAGAAACUACAGACUAUUUUCGAAUGCAUGAUAAGAAACAAUUACUGUUGACAUUUCAUGAAGAUGCAUUUGAUAAUUUAAUUUGAUUUAUAUCGCACAUUUGGUUACAAACGAUGACGCGAGAUCUCCUAGUGGGGUUCGCUGAUAACAACUUGUGGCCAUUCAAGUAACAUUUCAGUAAUAUAUUCUGUUUUGAAAUCUCCAUCCGAUGGAUACAAUGAGGUAGAAUCGGUGCCUCAAAUCACCAGCCUUAAAACAUCCUUAUGGUAUUGGUCAAGAACAUUUGUUGUACUCUCAAUUAAAGCAUGAACAAUUGUAAAAUGCAGUCGACGCCUUUAAGACAACUUUAUCUUAAACACAAACCAUCAUCCAAGUAUUUAUAAUAUUUGUGUAUCGCAACCCGCCUCGUUAUAGCGAUAGUAAAACCUGCCGGCGACAAACUUCACCCUUGAUACAGGUAUCAUUUAGUUUAAAACAACAUUACUAUAUUCAUCCGUAUUUGAGAACCGUACAAUAAGGUAUGGGAGCCUUUACUGAGAUGCUUUCAUUGAAUAAUUUGAAACUGAGGACGGAAAGACUAUGCACUUUAAUCAUUGACCCAUGUAAUGGGUUCCACAGGGGCACCUGUUCCCGGUAAUACACUGUUAGUGCGUUCUCUGUUGUGUACUUCCUGUGUUCGAACCUUGAUGACGUGUCGAAUAACUGUCGAGCUUCAGAUGUUCCACUGAAUAAAGGCGCAGUUCACAACC